GCAACUAAUACAUUGCAAAAGAACAAUAUCAGUAUGAAUACACGCAACAAUAAAGGGUAGUAGUAGCAGCAGCUGCUGGUGCUACCUACCUAAAGAAACAAAAUUCUAAAAAUCCAUUCUAGUGAAGAAUACAAUACAUUACUGAUUCUGUUCAAUUAAAUCUUGCGUUUAACUAAUGCUAUGGCAUUAAUUUGCACAUCAUGUUGACCCGAGAAUUCCGACUGAUCCAUUAUGAUUGAUUGCCUGAAUAGUUCUUCUGAUGGUCUAACUCCAUGCACAUGGAAUUCAGUACUCUUUAUCUCUGUAGCUCAAAAUCUUAAACAUGUCAGAUUAUCAGACUAGUAUCUAGCUACUCCAUUUCCCACGUUACCUAGCUAGUCCAGAAUUGAUUUUUUUUUCAUUAUGUUUUUGUCAGGAUCCAUACAUGUGUCAUGCUCAUACGCCGUAGGGUCAAGGAAAACAUAACAGAAAAAAAAGCUUCUGCAGACGUAUACAUCACCCAUACACUGAGCUCCGGAAGUAAACGCCUCGGGCCAAGAAGGGAGGGUACCCACCCACCUCUCCCUUCUCCUAAUUUCACCAUUAUCUUGAAGCUCCACUUGCUACCAAUCAAGAACAUACACAACUCGAAUACGACGCUAAUGAUUGUUUUAAGUCAUAAUUGAUGUGAAGAUAGAGUAAGUGCAUUCCAAGUACCUGCCACUAGCAGAAGAAGUGCCUUGUAGAAACGCUCGAAUCUUUGAGCAGAUGUUCCUUUCGCGCAUGGUCGACGCCUUUUCCCUGUUCAAUGAAAGAGAUCCUAAAAAAAAGUUCAAAUUGUGAGGAGACAUUUGCAAUGAGAAAAUUGAGCUGUUUCUUAGAAUUCUUCAAAAACUAGAACUUCCAUUGGACAGAGCUUGUUGACUAUCAAGCGCUCCGUUCUGACUUCUGAAGUUUUACCGAGCAGUACGCUAAUAUUCAGCAAAGGAAAACAAAUCUCUCUGACAUGAAGUUGAUGAGAGCAUAGGUUAUCACAGAAGAUAUGCAUAAAAAUAUAUGGCUACUAUAAAUUAUAAGAGCAGGAUGCAGUAUUCAGUAGCAACUUCCAAAGUUUGAUGACGACCUGGACAAGGAUAACAACUACCGUUUUGCACAGGAAAGUUGGACUUUUGCGUAGAAUUUUAGCUGCCUAAGCAAGACGUCAAACAUGUGAACUGGGGUACAAAAAUAUUUGUUUUUUUCCCUCUUAUUGACAGUACGGUAGUGGCAAACGUGUAAAAAACCCGAUCUGGAUGUGUCUAUAGCAUCAAACCUUUGGUCAUCUUCUUCAAAGGAGCACAAGGAGGAAAGACCAACAAUACAGAAACAGAAAGCAGCUUCUUCCUUCCCACCAUAGCAGGCUAUUGUUGAAAAAACCAUUUGGUUCUUUAGCCAAUCAGAAUCCAAAUAAAACAUUCUUGCAGCAGGCGAGUUUCAUGAGAGAACCAUGCAGCUGCCCAAUUUGCCAUGCAGCAGCAGCAGCAGCACCACCACCACCACCACCACCAAGUUAUCUGUGGCUUUCUUUCGGCUUCUUGUUAUCCUCCUGCUCUCGUUUGCCUCUCCGACCAGCUCCUGCACAGAGCAAGAGGAGAGCUCCCUCAUCGGCUUUCUAGAGGGUCUCUUGCCAGGCCACAACGGCAGCCUCAGCACGUCAUGGGUGAAGGGCAUAGACUGCUGCAAAUGGGAAGGCAUCAACUGCAGCAGCGAUGGCACGGUCACAGAUGUCUCGUUGGCUUCCAAGGGCCUCCAAGGGCGCAUCUCGCCAUCUCUCGGCAAUCUUACUGGGCUGUUGCACCUCAACCUGUCUCACAACUUACUCAAUGGCUACCUACCAAUGGAAUUGUUGUUCUCCAGAAGUAUCAUCGUUCUUGACGUCAGCUUCAACCGCCUGGAUGGUUCUCUGCCAGAGUUGGAGUCCCCUAGUGGUGGUUCUCCUCUCCAGGUACUGAAUAUCUCGAGCAAUUCAUUUACAGGGCAGUUCUCAUCGAAACAAUGGGAAGUGAUGAAGAAUAUUGUCGCUCUUAAUGUAAGCAACAACAGCUUUACAGGACAGAUACCACCUUCUAUAUGCAUCAACUCCCCAUCAUUUGCUAUCCUUGACCUUUGUUACAACCAAUUCAGUGGCAGUAUUUCCUCAGGGCUCGGAAAUUGCUCCAAGAUGAGAGAGUUCAAGGCUGGAUACAACAACUUUAGUGGAGCUCUCCCUGAAGAACUCUUCAGUGCUACCUCAUUGGAGCACCUAUCUCUUCCUAAUAAUGAUUUACAAGGAGUUCUUGAUGGUUCCCACAUAGUAAAACUCGUCAAGCUGACAGUCCUUGAUCUCGGAUCGACUGGGCUCAGUGGCAACAUCCCAGAUUCUAUUGGCCAACUAAGCACAUUGGAGGAGCUCCGGUUGGACAACAACAACAUGUCUGGUGAGCUGCCAUCAGCCCUAGGUAACUGCACAAAUCUGAGAUAUCUCAGCCUCAGAAACAAUAAAUUUGUGGGAGAUCUUAGCAAAGUCAAUUUUACCUGGUUGAAUUUGAGAAUCGCAGAUUUCUCAAUUAAUAACUUCACUGGUACAGUUCCAGAAAGCAUAUUCUCAUGCAGCAAUCUAAUUGCGUUGCGGCUGGCUUUCAACAAGUUUCAUGGCCAGUUGUCACCAAGAAUGGGUACUCUCAAGUCCCUGUCCUUCUUUUCAAUAAGUGAUAACCAUUUCACAAAUAUCACAAAUGCACUUCAGAUACUCAGGAGCUGCAAGAACCUUACGUCACUGCUUAUUGGAACCAAUUUCAAGGGUGAAACCAUACCACAAGAUGAAACAGUUGAUGGUUUUGAGAAUCUUCGGGUACUGACCAUAGACUCUUGUGGAGCAAUGGGGCAAAUCCCUCCUUGGAUAUCAAAGCUCAAAAAACUGGAAGUGUUGGAUUUAUCAAACAAUAUGCUCAUCGGAGAAAUACCAUUUUGGAUUAGAGAUAUGCCUGUUCUUUUCUAUUUAGACAUAACAAACAACAGUCUUACAGGGGAUAUCCCAGUUGCGUUGAUGAACUUGCCGAUGCUACAAUCAGGGAAGAAUGCUGCCCAGUUGGACCCAAAUUUUCUUGAAUUGCCUGUUUAUUGGACACCAUCACGUCAAUACCGCUUGCUCAAUGCUUUUCCUAACGCAUUGAAUCUAGGUAACAAUAGUUUCACAGGAGUGAUUCCCCCUGAGAUUGGUCAGUUGAAAAUGCUUGAUGGCUUCAAUGUCAGCUUUAACAGGUUAUCUGGAGAAAUACCACAGCAGAUAUGCAACCUCACAAACCUGCAAUUGCUAGAUUUAUCAAGCAAUCAGCUCACAGGUGAACUACCGGCCGCACUGACUAAUCUGCACUUCCUUUCUAAAUUCAAUGUUUCUAACAAUGAACUAGAAGGGCCAGUUCCAACUGGAAGACAGUUUGAUACAUUUCUCAAUUCUAGCUAUAGUGGGAAUCCAAAGCUAUGUGGCCCUAUGCUCAGCAACCUGUGUGAUUCAGUACCAACACAUGCAUCCUCCAUGAAACAGCGCAACAAGAAGGCCAUUAUUGCACUUGCAUUAGGUGUGUUCUUUGGAGGGAUUGCCAUCCUUUUCUUGCUGGGACGUUUUCUUAUAUCCAUCAGAAGAACAAGCUCUGUCCACCAAAACAAGAGCAGCAACAAUGGGGACAUAGAAGCAGCUUCAUUGAGUUCUGUUUCAGAGCACUUGCACGACAUGAUAAAAGGAACCAUUUUGGUGAUGGUACCUCAAGGCAAGGGAGGAUCAAAUAAUCUCAAAUUCAAGGAUAUCUUGAAGGCCACUAAUAACUUUGACCAGCAGAACAUUAUCGGAUGUGGAGGUAAUGGUCUAGUCUACAAGGCUGAGCUACCCAAUGGAUCCAAGCUUGCAAUCAAGAAGCUCAACGGUGAAAUGUGUCUGAUGGAGAGAGAAUUUACCGCAGAGGUAGAAGCACUCUCUAUGGCACAACAUGACAAUCUUGUGCCACUAUGGGGUUACUGCAUCCAAGGAAACUCAAGGCUCCUCAUAUAUUCUUACAUGGAGAACGGCAGUCUAGAUGACUGGCUUCACAACAGAGACAAUGGCAGGCCACUUCUCGACUGGCCAACAAGGCUCAAGAUUGCACAAGGAGCAAGCCGGGGCCUUUCAUAUAUCCAUAAUAUCUGCAAGCCUCACAUUGUUCACCGUGACAUCAAAUCCAGCAAUAUCCUUCUCGACAGAGAAUUCAGAGCUUGUGUUGCGGAUUUUGGCCUUGCCAGAUUGAUCCUUCCCUAUGACACACAUGUUACAACUGAAUUAAUUGGCACUCUGGGAUAUAUUCCACCUGAGUACAGCCAGGCAUGGGUGGCUACACUAAGAGGCGAUAUAUACAGUUUUGGAGUGGUGCUGCUUGAGCUGCUCACAGGGAAGAGGCCAGUCCAGGUCUUGUCCAAGUCGAAGGAACUUGUCCAAUGGACCCGGGAGAUGAGAUCUCAUGGAAAGGAUACUGAGGUGUUGGAUCCAGCACUGAGAGGAAGAGGCCAUGAAGAGCAAAUGCUGAAGGUGCUUGAUGUGGCUUGCAAGUGUAUCAGCCAUAAUCCUUGCAAGAGGCCAACCAUCCAAGAAGUGGUCUCCUGCCUGGACAAUGUUGAUGCAGACCUGCAGGUGCAGAUGUAGUUAAAGGAGAACAGAUCCAUAGACCUGGAGAUGCAGAGAUGAUUUUGUACUUACAGACUAGGUGUGUAACUUCAGUAGAAAGAAGAUUUGCUAACAAAUAUUACAGUUUGAUUGUACAUCUGUGUAAAGGAAUGGCUCGCAGUUAUGAGCUUCUGUAUUUAGUUUCCCUCUUUUUUGUGGAAAUAUUUCUCAUCUAAAAAACUUAGCAUUGAACUUAGGAUCCCUGGUUCAAUUCA